AUGGCAUUCAGCCAACAACAGUAUGCCGAGCAAUUAGAAUUACUCCAAGAACGUUAUCCACACGUAUCAACACAAAACCUAUUACAUCUCUUACAACAACAUAAUGGUGAUGUUGAUAAGGUUUGUACAUAUCUUAUUCAAGAAGAACAUCGUGUGAAAAAACUCGACUCACUCGAAACUCGUUUUAGUACUGCAUUAACAGCAUUACAACAAGAAUAUCCAGCAUCUAAAUCAAUAAAACGUACACGUUUACUUAGAAUUAUGGAUCGGUUUGGUGGUGAUGUUGAACAUGUUCGAAAAUUUUUACAAAAACAUGAAGCAAAACACAAUGAGAGUGAAAUUGAUUCGAGUGUAGUUCAACAUCAACAACAAGAAGAAAUCAAAACAAAAUAUUCUACUCAAUUAGCAGAAUUAAGAACAGCUGGUAUCAAUAUUCAUAGUCCAUGCGUACUUCUACAACUCGAAAAAUAUCACGGUGAUGUUAAUAAAAUAUUGGAAAUGACAAAAAAUCGUGAAGAAAAAAAACAUCACAUUGCUGAACUUGAUACUAAAUAUUCAAGUCAAAUUACGCAACUUGAAACUGAUGGUAUAAAAAUAAAAAAUAAACGACUUUUAUUAGAAUUGUUAGAAAAAGCUAAUGGACAAGUUGAUAUUGUUAAACAACUUUUUGCUGAAAGAAAUGAACAAAAACAUCAGAUUAAAUCAUCAAUUAAUACAAGUGAAGCAAAUCAUGAAAACCUAUCAUCGACAAAGAAACGACAUGAAAUAAAUGCUGAUGAUAUUGAUAAUCUCAGACAAUUACGUUCAGCAGGUAUAUAUGGUAAUCCAGUGAAAAUUUUAGCUUUAUUUCAUGAAUGUAAUCAAUCUAUUGAAAUGACUAAAGCUCGUAUUGAAAAAGAUCGAGAACAACGUGAACAACAAUAUGAAAAACGAACACAGCAACGUAUUGUACUUGCCGAAAUUCAUGAUGCUUAUUUAACCAUAAAUAAUCGAGAUGAUUGGCCAGAUAACAUUCAACAAGUUUAUUUAGACGGAAAUAAUAUGAUGUUUGUUAUUGAUUGCAUACGUCGACUUUGUUUAAAUCGAGCAAGUAAAAAAGCUGAACGAGCUAUUGCAGAAUUAGCUGCUGCAUGGAAUGAACAAAUGCAUAUACCAAAUAUUGAACUUAUUUUUGAUUUAACACAUCAAUUAGAACAAAUUCAGAGUAUUAAAGUUAGUAGUGCACAUCCAAUGUAUAAAACAACUGAUGAUAUGCUCAUUGAUAUUGUUCGACGAAGUGAAAAUCAACAAAAAAAUAAACGUACAAUUAUUGUUACAUCUGAUCGAGGUUUAGCUAUUCAUUUAAAAUAUGAAGGAUGUCAACUCGUAAAACCACAUCAAUGGUUUUCUCAUUGUGCAAUGGUAUUAACACCAGAUUUAAUUAAACAUGAAGAAACAACCGAUAUGACUGCAGCAACAACAACAACAACAACAACAAAAAAUAAAACUCGAUAUGAUCUUAAUGAACUUGUUCGUCGUAUUGUUAAAAUUGAUUUAUAG